AUGGCGCCGGACGCAAAGGCCGAGUCUCCCGGGACGUUGGCGUCGUCCGAGUCGACGCUGCACGCAAGCAAUCAUGCCCACGAUGCUCGACAACAGCAGCAGCGCGACGCAGGGCAGCACGGCCGCCGCGAAGAAAAGGAGGAAGGGCAGAAUGAAAAGGGCUCUCCCGGCCACACGCCGUCGGACCAAGAGUCGGCCGAGUAUGCGCCCAUCAAGACAAACACCCAAACGGGCGCGGGCAGCCCGCCGCUCGAGCGCCGGCGCACCAUCCAGACCGAGGACGACCUCUUCCGGGUUCUCUCGCGGCGGCGCACCAUGACGCGCACCGACACGGGGCUCUCGGCGGCGGAGCAGGAGGAGGAGUCGCAGGAGAUUGAGCGUCUCAUGUCGCGGCUGUUCGGUCGCGCGCGCCAGGAGCGCAGCGAGGAGGAGAAGACGAGGCACAGCGGCGUCGUCUUCCGCGACCUCACCGUCAAGGGCGUCGGCCUGGGCGCCAGCCUGCAGCCGACGGUGGGCGACGUCUUCCUCGGCCUGCCGCGCACGCUGCGCAACCUCUUCCGCCGGGGCCCCAAGGCGGCGGCCGCGAAGCCCCCCGUGCGGGAGCUCAUCAGCCACUUCGACGGGUGCGUGCGUCCCGGUGAGCUGCUGCUGGUGCUGGGCCGUCCCGGGUCCGGGUGCACCACGUUCCUCAAGGCCUUUUGCAACCAGCGGGCGGGCUUCGAGGCGGUCGAGGGCGACGUCAAGUACGGGGGCACCGACGCGGGCGUCAUGGGCAAGCACUUCCGCGGCGAGGUCAUCUACAACCCCGAGGACGACCUGCACUACGCGACGCUGACGGUGCGGCGGACGCUGCGGUUCGCGCUGCAGACGCGGACGCCCGGCAAGGAGUCGCGGCUCGAGGGCGAGACGCGCGCCGACUACGUGCGCGAGUUCCUGCGCACCGUCACCAAGCUCUUCUGGAUCGAGCACACGCUCGGGACCAAGGUCGGCAACGAGUUUGUGCACGGCGUCUCGGGCGGCGAGCGCAAGCGCGUCAGCAUCGCCGAGGCCAUGAUCACGCGCGCCUCGGUCCAGGGCUGGGACAACUCGAGCAAGGGGCUCGACGCCAGCACCGCCCUCGAGUACGUCCGCGCCAUCCGCACCAUGACCAACAUGGCCGACGUCUCCACCGCCGUCUCCCUCUACCAGGCCGGCGAGUCGCUCUACGACCUCGUCGACAAGGUCCUUCUCAUCGACGGCGGCAAGUGCCUGUACUUUGGCCCCGCCGAGGACGCGAAGCGCUACUUUAUCGACCUCGGCUUCGAGUGCCCCGAGCGAUGGACCACGGCCGACUUCCUGACCUCGGUGAGCGACGAGCACGAGAGGAGCGUGCGCCAGGGCUGGGAGGACCGCAUCCCGCGCUCGCCCGACGCCUUCUUCGACGCGUACCGCGCCAGCGGCGUCUACCGCAAGAACAUGGCCGACGUCGAGGCCUUUGAGAAGGAGGCCGCCGAGCAGGCCCGCGUGCGCGAGGAGCGCCAGUCCAAGCGGACCGAGGAGAAGAACUACACGCUGCCCUUCCACCAGCAGGUCCUGGCCUGCACCAAGCGCCAGUUCCUCGUCAUGCUGGGCGACCGCGCCUCGCUCUUCGGCAAAUGGGGCGGCCUCGUCUUCCAGGGCCUCAUUGUCGGCAGCCUCUUCUUCAACAUGCCGCAGACGGCCGCCGGCGCCUUCCCCCGAGGCGGCACCCUCUUCUUCCUGCUGCUCUUCAACGCCCUCCUGGCCCUGGCCGAGAUGACGGCCGCCUUCUCCUCCAAGCCCAUCCUGCUCAAGCACAAGUCCUUUUCCUUCUAUCGGCCCUCCGCCUUUGCCGUCGCGCAGACCGUCGUCGACAUACCCCUCGUCUUGACCCAGGUCGUCAUCUUCACCCUCAUCAUCUACUUCAUGGCGAACCUGUCCCGGACGGCGUCGCAGUUCUUCAUCACCAUCCUGAUCCUGUGGCUCGUCACCAUGACCACCUAUGCCUUCUUCCGCGCCAUCGCCGCCUUUUGCCGCACCAUUGACGUGGCGACGCGCUUCACCGGCAUCUCGGUCCAGAUCCUCAUCGUGUACACCGGCUACCUGAUCCCGCCAAAGUCGAUGCACCCCUGGUUCAGCUGGCUGCGCUGGAUCAACUGGAUCCAGUAUGGCUUCGAGUGUCUCAUGGCCAACGAGUUUGCCGGCCUGAGCCUCGAGUGCGUGCCCCCAUACCUCGUGCCACAGGUGCCCGGCGCCGAGCCACGCUACCAGUCGUGCGCGCUGCAGGGGAGCCAGCCGGGACAGACGAAUGUCGACGGGUCGCGAUACAUCCAGGAGGCCUUUUCGUACAGCCGCUCCCAUCUCUGGCGCAAUUUCGGCUUCCUCUGGGCCUUCUUCUUCUUCUUCGUCCUCCUGACGGCCCUUGGAAUGGAGCUGAUGAAGCCCAACGCCGGCGGCGGAGCCAUCACAAUCUUCAAGCGAGGCCAAGUGCCCAAAAAGGUCGAAACAGCCAUCGAUACCGGAGGACGAGACCAGAGAAACGACGAGGAGCAUGGUCCCGUGGCUCACGUCACGCCUGCCAUGGCCGGAAACGAAGCGGGCAAGGAAGGGGAGAGCAGCAACGACGACGGCCAGGUCAUGAAGCGUAUCGCCAAGAACGAGACCGUCUUUACGUUUCGCAACAUCAACUACACCAUCCCGUACGAAAAGGGGGAGCGCCGUUUGUUGCAGGAUGUGCAGGGUUUCGUGCGGCCCGGCAAGCUGACGGCACUGAUGGGCGCGUCCGGCGCGGGCAAGACGACGCUGCUCAACGCGCUGGCCCAGCGCAUCAACUUUGGCACCAUCACGGGCGAGUUCCUCGUCGACGGGCGUCCGCUGCCCAAGUCGUUCCAGCGCGCGACGGGGUUCGCAGAGCAGAUGGACGUGCACGAGCCGACAGCGACGGUGCGCGAGGCGCUGCAGUUCUCGGCGCUGCUGCGGCAGCCGCGUGAGGUGGCGCGCGAGGAGAAGCUGGCCUACUGCGAAACCAUCAUCGACUUGCUAGAGAUGCGCGACAUCGCAGGCGCGACCAUCGGCAUCAUCGGCGAGGGCCUGAACCAGGAGCAGCGCAAGCGGCUGACCAUCGGGGUCGAGCUGGCGUCCAAGCCGGAGCUGCUCAUGUUCCUCGACGAGCCGACGUCCGGGCUCGACUCCGGGGCGGCCUUCAACAUCGUGCGGUUCCUGCGCAAGCUGGCCGACGCCGGGCAGGCGGUGCUCUGCACGAUCCACCAGCCGUCGGCGGUGCUGUUCGAGCACUUUGACGAGCUGCUGCUGCUCAAGUCGGGCGGGCGCGUCGUCUACCACGGCGAGCUGGGCCGCGACAGCCAGACGCUGCUGCGAUACUUUGAGUCGCACGGCGCGCACCGCUGCCCGCCCGACGCGAACCCGGCCGAGUACAUGCUCGAGGCCAUCGGGGCGGGCGACCCCAACUACCGCGGCAAGGACUGGGGCGACGAGUGGGCGGCGUCGGAGGAGCACGGGGCUCGCGGGCGCGAGAUCGACGACAUGAUAUCGCGGCGUUCGCACGUCGAGCCGUCGCAGAGCCUGCGCGACGACCGCGAGUACGCGGCGCCCCUGUCGGCGCAGGUGUCGGCGGUGAUGCGGCGCGCGUUCGUGGCGUACUGGCGGACGCCCAGCUACAUCGUGGGCAAGUUCAUGCUGCACAUCCUGACGGGCCUCUUCAACUGCUUCACCUUUUGGCGGCUCGGGUACUCGACCAUCGACUACCAGAACCGGCUCUUCUCCAUCUUCAUGACGCUGACCAUCUCGCCGCCGCUGAUCCAGCAGCUGCAGCCCGUCUUCCUCAACUCGCGCAACAUCUUCGAGUCGCGCGAGAACAGCGCCAAGAUCUACUCGUGGGUCGCCUGGGUCACCGCCGCCGUCGCCGUCGAGAUCCCCUACGCCAUCGUCGCCGGCGGCAUCUACUUUUGCUGCUGGUGGUGGGGCAUCUUCGGCACGCGCGUCUCGGGCUUCACCUCGGGCUUCUCCUUCCUGCUGGUCCUGCUGUUCGAGCUGUACUACGUCAGCUUCGGCCAGGCCAUCGCCGCCUUCGCCCCCAACGAGCUGCUCGCCUCGCUCCUCGUGCCCAUCUUCUUCCUCUUCGUCGUCAGCUUCUGCGGCGUCGUCGUGCCCCCCAUGCAGCUGCCCACCUUUUGGAGGAGCUGGAUGUACUGGCUGUCGCCCUUCCACUACCUGCUCGAGGCCUUUCUCGGCGCCGCCAUCCACGACCAGCCCGUCGAGUGCUCCGACGACGAGUACGCCCGCUUCGUCGCCCCGGCCGGCCGCUCGUGCGAGCAGUAUGCUGGCUCGUACGUCGCCCAGGCCGGCGGCUACCUGCGCACCGCCGCCGAUGGGCAGUGCGAGUACUGCCAGUAUGCCACCGGCGACGACUUUGGCGCGGGCUUCAGCGUCUACUACAGCCACAUCUGGCGCGACUUUGGCAUCUUUUGCGGCUUUAUCGCAUUCAACUAUGCCGUCAUCUUUUUUGCCACAUGGUUGCGUUUCCGGGCAAAGAACCCACUCAAGCCGCUGCUGCGCAGGCUUCAAAAGCCCAAGGAGUAG